AUGGGGUAUGAUGAAGAUGAAAUGGAGAGGGGAGAUGGCAAGUUAUACAAUAUAUAUGAGGAUGUACCUGAGUAUUGUUCUUAUUAUAAGCACCAAGGUCACACACCUGUGACAUGUACUAUGAAGAGAAGAGAUGAUGAAGCAAGAAAGAAAAAGGAGAUGGAAGAAGCUGAAAAACAUCUUAAAGAUCAGAUGCAUGGUAUUUCUGAGAGUACAAAAGCAGAACAAGUGCAAGAUCAGCAGAUUAAUACUGAGCAGCCAGAGACAAGCCACAACAAGGAUGCUGAAAAUACUCAAGAACAAGACCGAUGGCAAACUCAGAAAAGAAGGAGCAGAAAAAAUAACCAACAAACACAACAGGUUCAGCAGCGACAACAGCAGGUUCAACAACAAAUACACCAGCAACAGGUACAACAAAAACAGCAGGGAGUACAGAAACACCAACAGCAGCAGGUGCAGCAACAACAACAGCAACAGGUACAACAACAGCAACAUCAGCAGGUGGCUGCAGAUGAGUGGAUUACUAAUUCACGUAGGAGUGAUUGA